CGUAUAUAUAUAAGAAAAACUGUAACAACAUUAGGCAAAGUAGGUAGCAGCACUCUUUCAACUAGUAAACUGGACCAUUUCCGUUUCUUGUACCGGCGUUCUUUCAACCGCUAGGUGUGGCGUGAAAGUUAGAAAAUGUCUUUUAAAAACCGAAAUAUAUUUGCAACUUUGCCUCGUACUCAGAGGGGCAUGCCUUUGGUUUUGGGUGGUGAUCCUAAGGGGAAAAACAUCUUGUAUGCCAAUGGAAACAGUAUUAUCAUCAGAGAUAUUGAGAACCCAGCUGUUGCUGAUGUGUACACAGAACAUUCUACCCAAACUACAGUGGCCAAGUAUUCCCCAAGCGGUUUUUACAUAGCUUCAGCAGACGUGUCUGGAAAAGUCAGAAUUUGGGAUACAACUCAGAAAGAACAUUUGCUGAAAAAUGAGUUCCAGCCAUUUGUGGGUGAGGUAAAGGACCUAGCUUGGUCAUUUGACAAUCAGAGGAUAAUAGUUGUUGGAGAAGGAAAAGAAAGGUUUGGCCACGUGAUCAUGGCAGAAACUGGAACAUCUGUUGGGGAAAUUGCUGGACACAGUAAAUUGAUUAACUCUUGUGAUUUCCGUCCCUGUCGUCCAUUUAGAAUCAUCACAGGAAGUGAAGAUAAUUCAGUACAGAUUUAUGAGGGUCCACCAUUCAAAUUUAAACAUACACUCACUGACCACAGCCGGUUUGUCCAGAGUGUCAGAUAUUCUCCAAAUGGAGAACUAUUUGCCACAGCAGGAUUUGAUGGAAAGCUCUUCCUAUAUAAUGCAAAAGAAUAUACACAAGUUGGAGAGGUUGGUACCCCUGCCCACAAUGGAGGAAUAUAUGGUGUGUCUUGGAGUCCAGAUAAUACAAAGCUUCUGACAGCAUCUGGAGACAAAACAUGCAAGCUCUGGGAUGUAGCAACUAUGUCUCUCAUUUCAGAAUUCACAUUUGGGAAGGAAGUCUUGGACCAACAAGUCAGCUGUCUUUGGCAAGGAAAUUACCUACUGUCCGUGUCUCUGUCUGGUUUUAUCAACUACUUGGAUGUUAAUAAUUCCUCCAAACCCCUUCGUAUUAUAAAGGGUCAUAACAAGUCAAUCACGUCCCUUGGACUUUCUGCAGACAAAAAUACCUUGUAUACUGGCAGUCAUGAUGGUUACGUUACUUUCUGGGAUGUUGCAACUGGAGAUAAUGAUCGGGUGGAAGGUCCUGGCCAUGGUAAUCAGGUACAAGAUAUGGCAUCAGGAGCUGAUUCCCUCUAUACCUGUGGGAUUGAUGACACUGUCCGUGCAAUUGACCUCGCAACAAACCGGUAUUCUGCCCUAGCAGUUAAAACUGAUUCUCAACCGAAAGGGAUUGCUGUUGCUGAGAGCAAUAUCCUGGUCAUUGCUGGGUAUAGUGAUAUAACCGUUAUGGACCAAGGCCAAAAGAAGACUUGUAUGCCAGUGGAGUAUGAACCAAACUGUGUUAGUGCUCAUCCUAUGGAGGCUGAUGUGGCUGUUGGAGGUCAUAAGGACCAUAAAGUUCAUAUUUACUUACUCAAUGGCUAUACACUGAGCCAUAAAACCAGCCUAAAUGAGCAUCGUGGAGCUAUCACUGAUGUGGCCUACUCUCCAGAUGGCUCUUUCCUGGCAGCAUGUGAUGCUAACCGAAAGGUUAUUCUUUACCGUGCCUUAACUUAUGAGCUUGCCCACAAUUUGGAUUGGUGUUUUCACACUGCUCGUGUAAACUCUAUAUCCUGGACUCCAGAUUCCCAACACUUAGCAACUGGAAGUCUGGAUACUGGUAUCAUCAUAUGGAGUGUUGAAGAGCCAAACAAGCAUAUAAACAUCAAAAGUAAGGAACAUCCACAGAGUCAGAUAACAAGACUUACCUUUUUAGACAAUAACACUUUGGUGUCUACGGGACAGGACAGUAACAUCAAGAUUUGGGAAAUCACAUACAAAUGAAGAGCUGCAUCUAUCAGAAGGUUCCAGAAGCAGACUUGGUCAAUUCAGAUUUUUUUUAUUUCUAACCCUCAAAUAAAUUCUAUUAUCAAAAUAAACAAAAUUGUUGGCUUUAAUUAUUAUCAUUGUAGUUUGAAGUUUUGUGAAUUUUGUUUUUUAUUUAUCACAGCCAUUUUUUUUAAACCCUUUUAUUUUAUUAAUUUAAGUAAUCAUGUUAUAAAAAGUUAUGUUUAAUAAAAAAAAUUAAUGUAUUGAUGUCUGCUUUGACAAUUAAUUUUGCAUGCAACAAUAUUUUGUAUAGUAUUUUACUAAUAGACACUAAUUGAAUAAAUCCAACUGUAAUUUUUUUAUUUUCUUUGAAAGUUUUGGUAGUUCCUUAGUCACUGAGGGUUGGUUUGAGAUUACGAAACCAAAGAGAAGUGUUGAUGACAUAGCUUUAGUAUUUCAUAUAGGUGAUGGUUAUUAAUUUGAUAGGUUUACUAUGAUGAAGAAAUACAAAUUAUGUUCUUGUUUGUUACAUUUGUCUGAUCUGUUGUGUUAUCUCUGUAUGAAGUGUUAAAAUUUUUCAUGAUAGAGAAACAACAAAAUAAUCUAUCUUGCUAAAAUAUUAUCUAGGACCCUUAUAGUUAUCCCAUUGAAUAAUUUUAUAUUUCUUGAGAAGUUAAGCUGCUAGAAUAUAUACCCCUUAAUACAGUUUGUCUUCCAAGUGACCUAUUAAAGAACGGCAAUUUUUAAGUAUUGAAAAUUGCAUUGUGCAUUUCUGAAGUGCAGUGAUAGCUUUCUCAAUUUCAAGUUGUGGAAAAUAAAUUUGUGUGUUAUAAUUUGAGCUUGCAUAUUUUAAGUAUGGUUGUAAACUCGUGUUGCAUAUUUUGACAUAGGGCAGUAAUGUUGAGUUGUAAUAAUAAAAGAAGUCAUUUAACCUAUGUUUAGCAAAUCUGAUCAUAUGAAUAUUACAGAAUUAUUAUAUCUUGCAUUAGAGUAAUUUGUGCACUGUUACAAAUUAUGGAUUAUUAACAACUGAUUUGAUUAAACAUAUCCUCAAUUUGUUGGUAUUUCCAUUUUUGCUUAUGGUGCAUGUUUUGUAAAAAUUAUUUUUAAGAUCUUUAAAGUUUUUGUAUUCACAAAAUAUGGUGUUAAGUAACUUACUGUGCCACUCUGUUUCAAAUAUUUCUACAAAUAAAUAUGACUUCAUAGUUCUUAAUGAGCUCUACUAUUAAACCAUCAUUUUGUCUAGUUAUUUUCACGUAUUUUUGAGAGUCUGAAAUACUUUCUGCACAUUUGAUUUAGUAUUGCAAACAGUAUAUUGUUGUUAUAUAUGUUGUUUCACUCACUUCUGUAUGUUUUUUUAGGUUUAAUUUGUAGGAAAGUGGUUCAUAUUUUUUGUUAAUUUGUUGCAGCCCAAGGUGAAAUAUCCUUCUAGAAUAGUUUAGUUUUGUAAGGAAACACUAUUGACCAAGGUUUUCAGGAACUAAAUGCAGCUAAACUUCAAGUUUGUGAAAUGUGUCCAACAUUGUUUUAGGUUGCAGAUGGUUUUCACUCCUGAUCCUCUUAGCCAGUCUAAAGGUGUGUUUGUAAAAAAUAGCACAUCAUAUCAGUCUUAAGCCAUCAGUAGACGUAGUUGGAAACGUAAUUGGUCUAAAGUGCUAUUUAUAAGCAGGAUUAGGAAACAGAUGUAAAAGCGUACAGUGAAACUUAGAAAAAAAUGAUACUGUGAGGAUAGUAUUAGAAAUGUAGAUUUUCUUUUUUUUAUAAGCAAGGCUUAAUUAAAAUGCGUAAAAAAUAAAACAAAAUUGGAAGAUGUAUUAGAAAUUGAGUAUUUUGUAAUUUUUGUUUCUUUUAUUUUAUUGGACAAUCAUAAUAUAAGAAACUUUAGUAUAAACAACUAUAAAUUAUUUUAAAAACUCGUACUACAUUAAUCCAUUCUGUCAUUGUUCAUUGUGUAUUAAUCAGUUCUGCCACAGUGUAUUGGAUUAUGUAGUAAUCUUUUACAUGCUAAUCUGUCUUGUAAUAGUGUAUUAUGUGUAUAAUGAAAUAGAACUUUUGAUCCCUGUAAAAUACACCAAACAAGUCAAACCUGUCGUAGUGUAUUGCAUACUGGAUUUAUAUAGUAAUAUAAAUUCACAUCCCAGAAACUUUUAGCAUACAAACCAUUUUUAAAAUAGUGUAUUGGAUUUAUAUAGUAAUAUAACUUCACAUCCCAGACACUUUUAGCAAAUAAAUCAGCUUCAACAUAGUGUAUUGGACUUAUAUAGUAAUAUAACUUCAUAUCCCAGAAACUUUUAACAUACAAACCAUUUUUAAAAUAGUGUAUUGGAUUUAUAUAGUAAUUAAACUUCACAUCCCAGACACUUUUAGCAAAUAAAUCAGCUUUAACAUAGUGUAUUGGAUUUAUAUAGUAUUAUAACUUCACAUCCCAGACACUUUUAGCAUACAAAUCAGCUUUAACAUAGUGUAUUGUAUUUACAUAGAAAUACUUCUUCAUAUGCAAAGAACACUUGCUUUAAUAGUGAACGUGAUGAUGGAUUUUGAAGUUAUGAAGUAUUAUGGACUUGUACACUGUAUAUUGUUUUUCCUUAGUUAUUUCUCCAUUCUGCUGGUUAUUAAUGUAUUAAAUAACUAUAUGCAUCAACUUCUUAUCUUAGUUUUCACCCUAAUGUCCAUCUGGUUAGAUAUUAAUUUUUUGAUUAAUUGAAUAAUUCAUAGAGAAUUUUCAAGGUGUAGAAACAAGUGCUCAUUAUAUUUUGGUAAAGGGACAGAAAUGGUUAUCACACACACUAGUUUUUUCUUGCAUUCAUGAGAAUAAUUGUAAUUUAUCAGUAUUCCUAAAUUACACCAAUGUUUAUUUGCAUGUUACUGGGAAUUUUAAUUAAAAACUACUACCAUGCACUUUUUUUCUUCUCAGUACUAUUGUAUUCCACGUUUUCUGGUUUAUUUUGAACUUUUCCAUUAUUUUUUUUUUUUAAGUAAAAGAAAAUCAUGAUUUUUAUGUUAUGAGACAUUUUAUUUCAGCAGUAAUCAGUUUUAACAAAGUGGUUAUUACUGAUAAAUUACAUACGGUAUUAAAAAGUUGUAAGUACCCUGUACCGUGAUAAUUGUAUUGAACAUAGUAAAAUGAUACAUUCCGACUGUACAAAGCUGAAAAGACAAUUAUGAAAAUUUCUCUGUAUUUCUACUCCCAAAUAUUUGGUUGGUUGCUUUAUUCCCAGCAUGUAAAUGUAUACAUGUUCUGCUAUGGCCGAAUAUUCAGUCCUUUCAUUUUUUUACAUAUCCAUUAUGCUCUGCUAAAUGAUGUUUUGUUUGCCUGAUAUAUAAACAUUUUAACAUGGAAGGUUAUAAAUUCCAGCAUCUUCCAUUAACUGUAUAUUAUUUUUAGCAUUACCUAAAAUUUGUGUCAUCUUAUUUGUCGACUUAAACAUGAAGUAAAGUAUUUGUGUUUUUUAAACAUUUUGAUUAAACAAAACCUAGAACAUAUGAAAACAUCUUUGCAUCUUGGAAAUCAUUCAGAAGAAUCACUUUGAUACAGGGUUAAAAGUUUUUUCUUAUUUCUCGUGAGGCUACGACAUUUAAUCAUUAAGUCUAAUAAAUAUAUGUUGAUCCGUGA